AUGGCUGAAAAAAAUGUACUUUUCGAAAGUUACCUGAACUGCCAUGUUUGUUCAGAGACUUUCAGAGAUCCUGUGUCUCUGAGCUGCAACCACAGCUUCUGUUCAAGCUGCCUGCAGAAAUUCUGGAAACAAGCUGAAAACAAAAACUGUCCCAUUUGUAAAAGAAAAUCCUCAAAAGACAAUAUUUGGGUGAACUUUUCACUGAAGGAACUGGCUGACUCUUUUGCUGGGAGACAGAAAACUGGAUCAUCUGAGACAGAAAAAGGAGAGAAGAAGGUGGAGGUGGUGUGUAGUAAACAUGGAGAAGAGACUAAACUGUUCUGUGAGGAUGAAGAGAGAGUUGUGUGUCCUGUCUGUGAGUUUUCUCUCCACCAGAGUCACAAGGUGGUUCCUGUAGAACAAGCAGUCAGUGACCUGAAGGACCAGCUGAGAUCUGACUUAGAGUCUCUGCAGGACAAGAGGGACAAACACAAACAAGUGGAGAAAACAUACAAUGAAAUGAUUCAACACUCCAAGAAGCAGCUGUUGUCCACAGAGAGGCAGAUCAGAGCAGAGUUCAACAAGCUCCACCAGUUCCUGAAAGAGGAAGAGGAGUCCAGACUGGCAGCUCUGAGGGAGGAAGAGGAGCAGAAGGGGAAGACCAUCAGCAGAGAGAUGAAGAUGAUUCAGGAGCAGAUCUCCUCUCUGUCAGACAGUAUCUCUGCUGUUGAAGAAGACCUGCAGAAACACAAGGUGUCAUUCCUCAGCAGUUAUAAAGCCACUCAGACCAGAGCCAGAGUCCAGUGCUCACUGUCAGAUCCACAGCUGGUCUCAGGAGCGCUGAUAGAUGUGGCCAAACACCUGGGCAACCUGUCCUUCAGAGUCUGGGAGAAGAUGAAGGACAAGGUCCACUUCAGUCCUGUCAUUCUGGACCCAAACACUGGAAACCGCUGGCUCUAUCUGUCUGAUGAUCUGACCAGUGUGAGAAAUGGAGACACAAACCAGCAGCUUCCUGACAAUCCAGAGAGAAACACUAAUUAUGCCAAUGUUCUGGGCUCUGAGGGCUUCAGCUCAGGGAAACACAGCUGGGAGGUGGAGGUGGGAGACCAUCCUGACUGGAAUGUAGGUUUGGCUAAAGAGUCAGUUGACAGGAAGGGAAAGCGAUCUGCCACACCAAAAUAUGGAGUCUGGUGUUUAUCACAUCGCAGUGGAAAAUACACUAAUGGAGCUGGUGAGACUGUCAGAGUGAAGAAGAGUCUCCAGAGGAUCAGAGUCCAGCUGGACUAUGACAGGGGGGAGGUGUCCUUCUACGACCCUGAAGACAUGACUCACAUCUACACUCACAGAGACACUUUCACUGAGAAACUCUUCCCAUAUUUUUUUAUUGAGGCUGGUGAUGCUAAAACUGCUGAUAUCAAAAUCUGUCCAACUGAUAUUUCUCUGUGAUGUUCAGGGAGGGUGGUGAGGUCUCAGUGAUUUAUCAGGAUUAUUAUAAGGUUUUUUUUUUUGUUUGUUAGUUACAGACAAUUCCAGUUAGUUCUUCAAUUUGAGUGUUUAGUGUAAACAUGUGUUAUUUACACCACUGCUAUGUAUAGGUAGCUACUGAUGCGACAUAUCUUUGG